AUGUUCUUUGACAAGCUGCUCCUAGUUGUAGUACUUCUGGCGACUGUUUACGGUCAGGAAGGUAAACCAAGAAGCGAAGAUCGACUACGACGCUAUUGUCAAGCACCUCCGCGGACAUUACGAAGGACCGAAGCAGAUGGCCGACGCGAGACAAGCGCUCUCUUCCUGCAAGCAGGAGCCAGGUUUGCUAAUCCGGCGACUUUCGAAGAGGCUCUCGCCGAGGCUGAACGUAUCGAAAACCUCCUCGCCGAAGCUGCUGCGGAUCGCCUCAUCCACCCUUCUCACGCGUCCGCUCCAGUAGCUGAAUAUCGUGAACGCUCCUCGUCGCCUCCUCGUUCCCCGAAGGUUAACCGAGCCUCCGGCACGCAGAUCUUCAUCGCCGCCUCCCUCGCAGAUUUUAUGCUACAUAUGUGA